AUGGAUCCUUACGCUUACACCGCCGCUGCGCCUAUGGGCAAUGGCAAUUUCCGAGCUCCCGCUCAGACUCAAGCUUAUCCCUAUGGCUGGGGUAAUUCGUCUGUUUCUGCUGCUGCUGUACCGCAGAACUUUCAAAACACUCCCAAUUUUCCUGCAAAACGACAACCAUUCGGGGAUGCAACAAAGAUGCCCAAAGGUCAGUUGGCACAAAACCGCACGGGCGUUGGAUAUGGGCAGUGGGUAGCUCCGGGUGCGCGACCUAUGGGUGUCGAAGGAAAAAGCUUCCCGAAAAAAGGCUGGGCCCAGCCACCGUUCGCUCAAAACUUUGCAAAGAAACCAAAAAAGGAGACGGAUCCCACCGGUAAAACACCUGCUAUGCUUCUGCACGAGUUGUACAAAGACAUAAUAACGGAGGAGGUUGCCGGAUCCGCUCAUCCAAAGGCUUAUCGCUGUCUUCUCACCGUUGCCGGACAACAGUUCUCAAUGGUAGCUCCAGCUAAGAAAACUGCGAAGCAGAAAACCGCUGAAAUGGCUUGCGAAGCCCUUCGACCAGAUUUGAACAUUGCUCCAUUUGAAGACGGAGUUGUUACUUUACCCGUCAAAGAAGGAGCAGUUAUUGCCGCGGCACCGAUUCAACGCCCAGCCAAGAUGGAAACCGAAGAUGCACCUCCAGCCAAGAAGAUCAAGUUGAAUGCGUUAGAAUCAGCGCUGUCUCUGCUUGACUGCAUGCGGAAACUGUGCGCCGAGCGUGUUUCCGAAGGUCCCUUCAAUCCCGUUUUUGAUAUCACCGACAUCACAGAGAGUAAUGCUGCUCUUGGAGAGAAGCGGAAGUUCAGGGCUACGCUGACGUUUGCGGAACAGGGCAAGAUCUACACCCAUGAGGGUUUCGGAAAAAUGUCCACUAGAGAUGUGGCAUCGCAUCUAUGUGAUGUGUGUGUGUGUGUGGUGUCGCAAUUCAAGGCUGACAUUCAGUACCGACUGUGUGUGUGUGUUGGCUUACCGCCAUCUUUUGUCGCCGUCUGCACACUCAUCGAUCAUUCCAUGAACGAUAAGACAGUUGAGUUUACGUCGCCGCCAAGUCGUUCCAAACACGAGGCUAAAGAAUAUGUAGCGCACGAGUUGCUCAGGUCUCACUUCGAUAUUGAUCCUCCGUCGAUUGCGGCUGAAGUGCCACCGCAAACUGAGCAACCUGUGCCACCGUGCCAGAAACUGCAUGUGCUGUUAGCUAAGCAGAAUCGAUCGGUUACACCAAACAUCAAGUAUGAGGACUUAGGAGCUGAUGAAUCUGUAAACCAAAUGGGAACUAUCUUCAAAAGCAAACUUAUCAUUAAUGACAAGGAAGAAUUCAUUGGUAGUGGUAAGUCGAAAAAAGCUGCCAAGAAUGACGCUGCAAUGAUGGCUUUGAAGAAGAUAUUUAUGUUCGACUAUGCCAACCCCGAAUCGUGUCCAGUCAUUGAACCAUCACCAAAGCAGCGUCGCAGCAGAGUGAACGGUUGCUCGCAGCUGUGUUUCGAUGUAUCCGAGUAUGCAAAACGGGAAUACUACAGUAUGUGCAAUUUCUACGCGGUCAAACCCAGUACCGAAAUGGCAGCAUUCUUCCUUGUCAACGAAUUGGACGAGAAACGACUGGUGGCCAUCGGUUCAUCGCGUCCUGCAGUGGUUCAUGGAGGGACAGUUGCCACAGCUCGUGGAACUGCUAUAAUCCACUUCGACCCCAUUGUUCUGGCCAGACGAUCUUUGAUAAGAUAUCUUAUCAAUGAGAUUGGCAAAGUUGGUGAUCCGAAGUGCAUUUUCAUGCGGAGUGAGGAUGGUUUGCUGAAGCUAAACGACGGUUUACGACUGGUGCUGUACGCCACAUACGCUCCAAACUGUUCGUUCUGCUGUCCCGAAGCUUCAGUGAAGAAACUGAGCUACCUUGGGUAUGUUAUCUGUUUCCGAAUACGAAGAGCUAGUGUGCUGUGA